GCCUACGCUAGGACUAAAAUUUAUUUAGGACUCGGUUUUUUUUUCAAGUAUGCUGAUGAAUUGUUAUUAUAGAUCAUAUAAUUAGGUGCAGUUUCAGGUAUAACGUAUAUAACGUCGCCUAUCCAUCAAAUCAGUGCAUCAGUUAUCUUGGAAGUGACCCAUUUUGUGCAAUGCUGUCAGAACAAGUUGGUGUGAUCUGUGCGGUGUCUUAGUUGUCUGUUGUGGACUGUACGUUACAGUGUGAUUGACUGAUCAUGCAGGAGGGGAUGCUUUUAUCUGAUUACCUCAACGAUGGAGAAGUUGUCCUUUCAUCAUGGUUAAUUACUAGUAACCUUUGACAAUGACAACCUGCCUGUCUCCCAAGAAACACCGUCUUGUCUGUGACCUGGGAGCUCUGGUCAGCCCAACAUUGCAGCAAGAGGACAGUGGCUGGCUAUCCCACUUCAAAGAAGAGGCAGGCCUGUUGCUAUGGAGCUGCAUCACUACAGAUGGGGUCAACAUUGACAGUGGAUUGAUAACCACAGAAUCAACGUAUGAGGACCAUGUUGUCCAUCUAGCUCCUUACUGUCACUCUGUACAUGAGUGGGCUCUUUGUCUUGGAAGUGAAGACAUCCAAGACAGAUAUGAGAAGCAUUUUGAGUGGACUGGUAAUGCCAAGCUGUUCUUGGAUUGUUUCAGCAUGGCGAGGUCAAGUCGAGGGGUUGACACCAGUCUCAGCAUAUUGCUAUCUACGGCAGCCUUGGAAAGAGCACUGGGAGAUGUUUUCCUUUUGAAGAGCAAUGAUCCUUGCCCGGCAAUGCUGAAGAAUCUCUUGGCUACACAGGAGCUUGUGGAUACCUUUGGAGAAAGUGCAAUCAGUCUUUUACGCAUUCUGAUUGGUCCCCCAGUCAGUCUCAAUCUGCGGAAUAUAUUGUGGCAUGGCUUUGCUGCACCUGAUGAAAUUCCUCAAAGGUAUAGCACUUUCCUCCUGAUAGUAACAGCAAGUUUAGGUCAAUUGCUGGAAGAACUCAACAUCCCUUCCAGUAGUAUUCCACACAGAGAGCCGCUCUUGUUACCUCAGAUAGACACUGAAGUCUUCAAGCAAACAUUCCCAGAUAUCCACGUCACUGAUCUGGAUCACUUGUUGGAGCUCUUCUCAACCAGUCAGUUCUUUCACAAGCCCAUGCUGCCUUAUUGUAAAGAAGCCUUGGACUACUUUAGAGCAGAGAGAUAUGGCAUCACCUGUGUGUUACUGCUACCUCAGUUGGAGAACGGAGUAAGAUUUUUAUUUGCAGAAGCCAAUGAUUGUCCAGAGAGAAUACUUACGGCUGAAUCAGAGUAUUUCACAACCUUUGAUGAGAUGCUUUGUCCACACAUGUCAGAUGAGACAGUCCACAAUGUAUUGAUCCCAACACUUGGAGACUCUUACAUGGAGAUGCUUCUUGACAUCCUGGCUCACCCAGAAGGACCCAGGCUGCGAGAUCACAUCAGCCACGGGGAGCUGGACUUGCAGUCCAUGACAAGAGCCACUGCUGGGCACAUCAUAUCUAUCUGUGCGGCAUACUGCUUGAGAGAUUGCCAGAACCAGUCUCUGCUCCAUGUGCCCAUGCUCAAAAGAAUAAGACUAGUUGCUGAAGAAUACCAGUCACUGUUCCACCCAACGUCACUGCUCAAGAGAGAGCUCCUGACCUUUCUCGAGUCCCUGUCUAGGUGGAUUGGAAUAAGCAGGCCAGAAGGCGAGGAUCUUGGGUACCAGACGUGGUCAGGCACAGAUACUGGAGGAAGCUUAGCAUGUGAUGCAGCAAGAAGUGUACUUGCAGUGCAGUAUGGGAUGCCUGCAGCAAUGGAGGACAUUUACCAGAGUGUAGUGAUGCCCUUUACUGACCAGGAGCCGUUAGUGAAAUGCAUAUCUGAAUCAACAGUGAAAACUUUGUUCAGGCCUCGCAGAGAGCUUGAGGUCACAUCCUUGCUGCGACGAAUCGUCGUCCACUGUGUGGCAGUCUGCCGUAAUGUGAGGGAAAUGGCAGAGUUGCGGUAUCAACAAUAUUUGGCAAAAGACCUUAGGUCCCGACAGCGGGCCAACUACACAAGACUUCUAAAUUGUGUUCCAAGGGUGUCGUGUGGCCUGAGGUUGAUCGCACUAAUCCUCCUCUGCCAACUCAGGAGCCUUCACAGCAUCGCAUGCCUUGCUUCCAAGGAGGCUGAACUUCUUCUUAAGUUUUUGAAGUUUGUUCUUCGCUGUGCUGAGAACCUCAACAGCUUGACGAGUCCUGAAAAGAACAAAUGGGACGAGUGCUGUGACUUGACUGACUCACUACAGCAACGAGUUAAAGCCUUCUUUGCCAAGCUGGAUAAAGCACAGCCAAGCACAUAAACCAGGGGGGCCAAGCAAUACCCUGGACUGAAACUGUGUGUUUGGGAUGACUCUGAGCUAAGGAUGAACACCUUGCACACCAGAGACACGCCUGGAUGAUUUGUCACCCAAGUAUCGUUACCAACUGACAGCUUCAGGAGGCUGCACUUCGAGAUUGCCAAGCUGGUCCUACACUUCAUCAUGUUCAGCUGGAGAUCAGCACACAGAAGGGGUUACCACUAAAGGCAUUUCUUCUACCCUGCUGUGUCAAAGAGAUCUUCUAUUUGUUGUGCUUGAGAGGCAUUUAAUCACAUUGGCAUUUCAGAGGUCUGCAAGUUUUGCAGAAAUGUGGUCUCAACUCUAAGCUCCGAAUAUCAACCACAACUCUGUGUUAUCUCUGCAAAGUCACUGAGGCAAGGACUUAUAUCAUUGGGAAGAAGUAGCGUUUGUCAAAACUGUAGGUUUACUGCUUUCAGUUGCUUGGUUAUCAGGAUUCUGAUAGAGCUGAAGAGUGGAAAGGUCACAGAAAAGUCACCAA